GAUAUGGACGUGAGACUUCGGUAUCUUCAUUGGAGGUGCUCCUCUAGUCGUUGUAGCCCAGCCCAGAGUGGCUCGGCCAGACCAUGGCGCGCACCGUACCAUUCCUCUCGCGUCGUCUUCUUCUUCAUUUUCCCCCCAAUCCAUCACAGUUUUAUCCUAGGGUUUCAUGGCAUCUCUGUAGAUGUCGAAGCCCCGAGUCACCAUCACUCUCGGCCGCUCUGGUCAGGUGGUGAAGAGAGGAGGUUCUUCAUCUUCUGCUGCUGACUUCACACAAUCGUAUGUUGACUCUGGACCUGAGCCAAGAAGAAAACGAUAUAUUGAGCGAUCAGCUGAUAAUGCCGAGGAUUUGUUCUCAUCAACGAAUAAGCGGCAACGUGGAGUUGAUUUUCAUUCGAGUUUAAGUGGCGGCGAAAGAAAAAACGCCUACAGAGUUGGUCAAAAUGAUCUUCGCUUGAAACUUAUGCGCAAAAAUCAAUCUAAGAAAAUUGGUAUUGGGGAAGAACACUCAAGGACAGAUUUACACAAUCGAUUUUCGAAAAAUUCUCUGCCCUCAACUAGUGGAGAUGUAGUACAUCGUGGGCAUGAAUUUAGAGGGAGCAAUCUUAUAAGACAAACGCAUUCCAGAGAAAGUGCUGAUGAUCUAUACCUAGAACAUUCACAGAGGAAAAGUGUUGUUUCCUAUAUUGACAGGAUGAGAGUUAGAUCCCCUGAUGGGAUCGUGAAAAGCUCCAUGGGGUAUUCACCUCCUAAAUACGAUGCUGAGUUUAGGAGAGGUUCAUCUAUGAGAGAAGCUGAUCGGUCUAGAGAUGAAUGGUUUCUUAGAAACAGCAUUGCUGAUAGUUACAGGACUGUAGACUCUGCAUCUGCAAAAAUGAAAGCUCCCCUCCCUGUGUCUGGCAGGGCAGCUAAGGAUCACACAGCAAUAAGUGGCAGCAUGCAGAGAAGUUCCCCAAUGGGGGAGCUUCCUCUUUCUGUUGCUGGCUUGUUGAAUUCGCUUGGUUUGGGGAAAUAUGCCAUUCAUUUUCAGGCAGAAGAGAUUGAUAUGGCAGCUUUAAGACAGAUGGAAGACAAGGAUCUUAAAGAGUUGGGGAUACCGAUGGGCCCAAGGAAAAAGAUUCUUCUCGCCCUGUUGCCCCGUUCUAAGCAGCCACUGCCCCCAUCAGUCUCAAUGGCUCGUGCAUAGAGUUUUGCAGUUCUUAUGUCUAUCUUCCAAAUGUGUACGGAUGUAUUGAUCUGGAUUACUAAAUUUGAUUUUAUGCUUGAUAACUUAUUCCAUUUACGAAUUAGAGCCCUUUCGCGGGAUGUUUAUCUGUAUGUAUAAACAGGUUGAGGAUAAAUUAAGCAGUGGAGUUAAUUGUGUA